GGAGAGGCCCCCGAAACGCGGCGGUGGCGGGGGGCGAUUUGAGCCUUACGGGAACCCGAACAAAAGAUACCGCGUGUUUGUCAGCAACAUACCUUAUGAUGUUAAAUGGCAAACCCUGAAGGAUCUCAUGAAGGAAAAGGGUAAGGUUUUACGUCAGUCUUUGCUUAGGAUUGUUUUUUUAGGGCCCAUUUGUUUAGUUACGGAUCUUGAAGGUGGUCACGAGAUGGUUUUAGAAGUGAUGUAUGUAGGCAAGAGGAUAAAUAUCCCACCAUGGGGAAGUUGUCUUGAGGAAAAAGGCUGUUUGACAUAAAAAUUGUUUUCUUUGCCACUGUCAAGGCUAUAGUAAUAACACGUGGUUUCAUAUUUGUACUGUGCCCAUUUGGGCACAAAAAUGCUCCUUAGUGACUGGGGUCAAUGUGCCAAUUGCACAUCAAAGCUCUUCAUCUUUAGUACACAGUACUAUCCACUUAUUUUGAAUUUGGUGCCAUGUAUUGGCAUUGGCUUUUGGAGACAGUUUUAACACUAAAACUUGUUGGUUAGCGUUUUAGAAGUAUCAAGUGGUCACAUCUUGAGCCUGUAUGUAGCUAUGUAUAUUCCUAUUUACAAGAUCCUCUUUAUGAUGUAAACUUUGUAGUAUCUUCUUACCUGAAGGAUGCCACCAUGCCCAAUGAUUUGUAAGCAUGGGGAUUUUCAUCAGUCGUUUCAUGUGGAAAUUGUGCCUGUAGAAUUAAAUUGCAUUUUCUUUUUUAGGUUUGCAAGAGCGAAUGUUGUUGCUCCUGAUCUUCAUGAUUGUACCAUUGAAUGGAAGUGUUAUUGAUUUGUGGGGGUACAGGUCUACAGAGUAAAGCAGCUUCUUAAGAUGGUCCUUGUUUUAUUUUCUGGACAACAGUUUUUGCUGGAGAAUGGAAGGAUUGUUCUUUAGGUAGUUCACCAAAAUUUAUUGGUGGAUAACGGACCUGAAUGGGUUCAGUCUCUGAUGCGAAUUUAGUUCCAAGUAUUCCUUGACUAACAGGAUUUUUCAUUGGAUCUGGUUUAUCUAGUCCACUUAAAAUUGAGUAUCAAUGCAAAGUGAUUCGUUGGGUAGCCAAGCUGACUUCGAGUGGAUGAUAUUACGGUUGCUGUAACGUCAAACUUGUACCUUUUUUCCCCUUUGGGAUUUGACAUUUUUAUUCCAUACUAUCAAGUAGCAGUUUGGGUUAGUGUGGCGACUGUGUUUGGGUAGUCUUGCCAACAACAAAAAUGCAUUUUGUCCACUUCAUUCCGAUGUCCAUAGGAGGCCUAGUUGAGAUGCUUUUAACUCCGAUUGCUCAUGAGGUCGUUAAUCUUUUGGUUAGUUUUGGAUGUUCGAGGUUUCCAGCAGGGACCACUUAAGAAGUUUCACUUGAACAUGUUGGAAGCUUGCUUCUUGUAGACCUGUACCAGAAUUUGUGCUGCUGAGGUGCUGGUGAAGGCUCCGGACUGACAGACGAGCUCAGUGUCACCGUUCCGUUUGUUUCUGCUCUAAACCCCAAUUGUUUUCUCGGCUUCUCUCCCUUGGUGUGUGUCGUCUGGGAUCUGAUUUGUAGUGGGUGAGGUAACGUACGUGGAACACUUAAUGGACGCGGAAGGCAAGUCAAGGGUAAGUGCAAGAGACGCAACUCCAUUUGUCCGCUUGAGUUUUUCAAAUUUACUCUGCUUUUAAUGUGGGAUGUUCUGGACUGGGAUUGAGAGUUCAAAAUGUGACGUCUUGGGUGGAAACAAAAAUGGACGCCGACUGUGGUUCUGAGUGGAACCACCGGGGUUGUUUUGCAGCUACAUAGUUAUGCUGUUUUCCGUGUGUCUGUAAUGCUCUUUCAGAGUCUAGCGAGUGGUGUUCAAUAACUAAACAUGGGGGUUGAUGUGAUUUAUAAGAGAUUCUAGUGGGAUAACAGCUAUGGAACAUCAGAACUUGGUGUAAUUGGAACUGAAGGCCGGUUUGUGAAUUCUGGUCGUCAAUUAAUCGAGAUCAGAAUUAAUUGUGAUGAACCAUUUUGAGUUUGAGCACACAAUCUUUGAUGUAAUCUGAUGUAGUUGUAUUGAAGAAUAUGGACACCACAUAGAUGUAUUGAAUAGUAUCUUCAUAAUCAUGAUUUCCUCAUUUGUUACUAAAUGUCUUGUGGAUUUUGUCUAAUAUACAAUUUUGUUCCUAUUUUGUAUUUUUGUCCUGGCUGGUGUGCUGAAUGACCAAAGGGUUGCGCGGUGGUUGAGUUCAGAACUGAAGAGCUCAUGAAAAAGGCUGUGGAGAAAGUCAACAAACAUGUCAUGAAUGGCCGUCCUCUGAAAGUUAAGGAGGAUCCAGAUGGUGUUAUUGCCCAGCGUGAAGCUCAUCGGGCCCAGGGAGGUGGCGGUGGUGGUGGACCACCAGGUAUGGGUGGAGGAAUGGGAGGUGGCAUGGGUGGAGGCAUGGGCGGAGGCGGCAUGGGUGGAGGCAUGGGUAUGGGUAUGGGCCCAGGGCCUGGAGGUCCACCCAUGGUCAACAUACCUCCCAGUCUCAUGAACAACCCGAACAUUCCCAAUGAGAUCAUCCACGGGCUUCAGGCUGGAAAAAUCGGAUGCACCAUUUUUGUAGCCAAUCUGGACUACAAGGUCGGAUGGAAGAAGUUGAAGGAGGUGUUCGGAAUGGCUGGAGUAGUGGUACGUGCCGACAUCCUCGAGGAUAAGGAUGGGAAGAGCAGAGGCAUGGGAACAGUCUCUUUUGAAAUGCCCAUUGAAGCUGUGCAAGCAGUCUCCAUGUUCAAUGGACAGCUCCUCUUCAACAGAGUCAUGCACGUCAAACUGGAUGAGAAAUCCCUACCAAAAGGUGACUUUGGACCACCAGAGCGUCCACCUGCACUUCCUCGUGGUCUGAGUGGCAUUGGCCUUGGUCUGGGACCUGGCGGUCAGCCCAUUGACGCUACUCAACUCAACCGAGGUGGAAUGGGCAACAUGGGACCAGGAGGAAUGGACAACUUUGGCAGUGAAAUGAACAACAUGAAUCGUUUUGGGCCCUCUGGAAUGGGACGAAUGAAUGAAAUGGAUCGUGGCAUGGGCGGGGGUUUCGAUAGAGACUUUGGUGGCCGAGGAAACGACAUGGCUAUGUCCAGGAGCAACUUCAACGACUCUUUUGAUAGAGGAAUGGCUGGAAAUUCCGUAGCAAUGGAUCGGAUGAAUCCCAGCAUGGAUCGUCUCAGCGGUGGAAUGGACCGCUUGGGCAGCCUAGACCGUAUGGGAAUGGAUCGGGUUUCCGAUCUGGACAGGCUCGGUACCGGUUUUGACCGCAUGGGCACAGGCAUGGAUCGGCUGGGCCCUAGCAUGGACAGACUGGGAUCAGGCCUCGACCGCAUGGGGUCCAGCAUCGGCCCAACUGGGUUUGAUCGCCUGGGCUCAUCCAGUUUAGAUCGUGGGAUGGACUUCGCCUCACCUAUGGGUAUGGACAGGAUGAAUGCAGGCCUGGAUCGAAUGGGAACCAACUUCGACCGUAUAGGCACUGGAGGCAUGGACCGCUUUCCUUCUUCAGGCCUGGACCGCAUGGGGUCCAGUCUGGAACGAAUGGGCUCUGGGGGUGUCGGAAACCAGUUUGACAGACCUGCCGAAAUGGAUCGUGGGAACUUCGGUGCACCCUUCAGCGGUUCUGGACAAGGGGGACCAGGGGCUGGUGGGCCCAAUGCUAGGAAAGGCUGUCAGAUCUUUGUCAGAAAUCUGCCGUUUGAUUUCUCCUGGAAGAUGUUGAAAGAUACCUUCAACUCAUGUGGGAUGGUGCAGUAUGCUGAUAUCAAGAUGGAGAACGGCAAAUCCAAGGGCUGUGGUGUGGUGCGUUUCGACAGCCCCGAGACCGCGGAGAGGGCCUGCCGUACUAUGAACGGCUACCGACUCAACGGACGAGAGAUCGACGUCAGGAUCGAUAGAAAUGCAUAAUAAUCUUUUGCCUUCCUGUGAUUCCCUUCAUCCCACAUCGUGCUUUCCAAUUUAGUCGUCGGUUACGUAUUUGUAUGGGUGCCAAAUGCGCACUUUUAGUUUUUGCUUAUGAUUUUAGAGACCAAAUUUAUUAUUUUCUCCCUAAACCCUUACUUUUUAUUGUAAUGCUUUUCAAGAAAAUACCUUUGUUUAAGGUUUGUUAAUAAAUCUCAACAUCGAGAACCCAA